UUUGAGUUAAAACUAACAAUCGUGAUGGUGUUCAAAUCGUCAUCGUACGAACGAGCGAACGAACGAACUCUCCGUACGAUAUAAAAUAAAUAAGUAGUAGAAAAGGUGGGAAAACCACGUGAUAUCAGUAAAGCGCGAUUCCAGUCGAGUACACGAGCACUCUUUACUUUUAUAUUCAUUCGGGCGGCAGUGACCAACAUUUAAUUUAAGAAAAGAGUAACAAUCAAACGUACUUAAGUUUAGUUUCUUGAAACACAAUGCCGAACGUCAAGUGGAUUUUAUUUACCGACAAUGAGUCGAAUUACUCUUCAUCGACUUCAUCAAGAUCGACUAUGAAUUAUAUUUUUAGUGUUGUUAGUUUCUUGGUUUUGGAAUUUUUAUGGAAGGUACAACUUGCCGUUGAAAAAUAUUUUAAAUCUAAUCAAAAAAAAUUAAUAUCAACCCCUUCAUCAUCAAGCCCAGAACCAACACCGCCUAACAUUUCCACUCAACCAAAUAAAACGACAAAUUUCACAAAGAAAAAACGUAAAAAGAAAGGAUUAUUUUUCGAUCCAGAAUCAGGACGACGAAGAAGUUAUCUUUCGUUGAAAGAUUUAAUUUCUCCAGCGGAAGAAAAAAUGUUAAUGGUGCUUUGUGCGAAAGGUUCCUCAUCAUCAGAUUCUGGUGCAAAAACCGUCGAUGAUACAAACGAAAAUUACGAAGAUUAUUCGGAUUUACUCAGAGCCGAGCACCAAAUACCCAGGUCAAAGUUCACGGCUAUUUGGGUUGAAUCUUGUAAUGGUAAUGAAUGAACCAAAAUGGGAUGAUAAAUGUCUCGACAAAGACUAUUAUGUAGGGCUAGUCAAAACAUUUUUUUUUUAAUUUGAAAAAAAAAAACUUGUACAACGACGGCUGUGUUCAAUAGAAGAAUUUAUAAUCUUGAUAUGUAUAUUUUUUAAGAUGAUCUGAUUAAUUAGUUUUUAUUUCGUUACUUGUUAGGACUUUUAUGGAAAAAUGACAAUAUUGUUAAAUCAACACAAAAUAAUUAAAAUAAAAACUAUUUUAUAC